AUGUCAAGAGGCAGCAGUGCUGGUUUCGAUCGUCAUAUUACGAUCUUUUCACCUGAAGGAAGACUAUAUCAAGUUGAAUAUGCUUUUAAAGCAAUUAAUCAAGAAGGAAAUACAUCAGUGGCUUUAAAGGGAAAAGAUGUAGCAGUUGUAGCUACGCAAAAGAAAGUUCCAGAUAAGUUAAUCGAUCCUGAUACUGUAAGUCAUUUAUUCCGGAUCACAAAACGAAUUGGAUGUGUGAUGACAGGCAAAAUUGCUGAUAGCAAGUCACAAGUACAGCGUGCUCAAUAUGAAGCAGCUAACUGGAUGUAUAAGUACGGAUAUGAAAUGCCAGUCGAUGUUGUUUGUCGUCGUGUUGCUGACAUUGCUCAGGUUUACACUCAAAAUGCUGAAAUGCGUCCUUUAGGUUGUUCAAUGAUUCUCAUUGGAUUCGAUGAUGAACUCGGUCCAUGUGUUUACAAGACAGAUCCAGCCGGUUAUUAUUGUGGUUUUCGAGCUAUUUCAGUUGGUGUAAAGCAAACUGAAGCAAACAGUUAUUUGGAGAAGAAGCUCAAGAAGAAGAUGGACUACAAUGAAGAUGAAGCUAUUCAAAUGGCAAUCUCAUGUUUGUCAACUGUUCUUGCUCUCGACUUUAAAUCAACUGAAAUUGAAAUCGGUGUGGUGUCUCGUGAAAAUCCUGAAUUCCGUAAAUUGCCUAAGGAGGAUAUUGAAAAACAUUUGAAUGAAAUUGCUGAAAAGGAUUAG